GCGUGUCAUCGAUAUCAAUAUACAUCGAUACCACAUCGUUUAGAAUGAUUUUCAAUAUUCGUUGUUGCCUGCUUUAUUCAUAAACACUUACGCUUUUGUAGUCAAAAUUGUCGAAGCCUUGACGAAUUAUUGAGCUCUAUAGGGUGGCUAUCAGAUUGUAAGAAAGCCGGCGUUUGGAGCUCGAUGCGCGGCCAGCGGAGGCAGCGACAGCGGCAGAGCAGCGGCAACAUAAGAAUUUAAGGUCACCGCGACACAAAAAAGGGACAUCAACAUCGAUUUUUUUGCACCCUUUUCAUUUUGCAAGUGGAGCACCAUCAGAUUCGUCAAACAAAGAAAGGGACGGCGACGGUGGGGGCGUAAAGUGCGCAGAUAUCAGCGAAGAUGAGCGGAGGCGGCGGUGGCGAGGAUGAUCAGCAUCUGCCAGGUGUUUCCAGUGCAUCAGGGUCAGCAGCUGGAACGGCGGGCGGGCGGGCCACGCCCGAAAUGAAGCGUUCGGCGGUGCGCAGCCUCAUCCAGCGAUACUUUCAUCAACUGCAAUCCGGCUGUGGGAACGCCCAGUGCAGCAAUGCCAAUUGCGCAUCCAGCGGCAAAGUGGCGCCCAUGACGCCCAACGAGGUAGCCGCCCGAGCUCUGCAGCUCUUCUCACAGGAUGCACAGCUCUGCGAGGCGUCCACAUCGGCGACCAGCAGCCCCCAGGACGUGGACAUGCUUUCGCCGAACGACAGUAGCAGCAGCAGCAGCGGCAGCUCGACAAGCACCAUUACCUCCGCCAGUACCACCACGACAACCAGCAGACAAUCUCAGAGUACGCCAGCUGCCGUCUUAGCGGCCGUAUCCAGUACGAAUCUUGUACAGAGUGUGCCGCAACUGGAUUUGGGCGGCGCUGAACCCUCUUCCGGCGACUCGGAACCAUGUACACCCACCCUGCCGCCAGUUCAGAGCCUGGAUGCCAACAGCCUGAUGGCGCUCUAUGAGCAAUGUAGGGCGGCUGACAGUUACGACAGGAUUUGCCACGCAAUCGGCGAUGUUUUCUCCAGCGUAGAUAGACUGAGCAAGAGCUUCAUUCGCAGCGCAGAACCAGCGGCUUCCAGUAGUCUCCAGGAGCUGCUGGCCAAUCCACCGGAGGCUUUAAACAAGGAGCAGCUACGAACUUUAGAAGGCGAACACGAUAAAGACGAAGACAGUACCCAACAGCUGGAAGAACAAUCAGAAUCGGCGGAAGUAACACCCAACGCUACUGCUGCAGCAGAUGUAGAAUCCGAGGCAGAGGCCGAUGCAGAGGACGAUGAUGUGCCCAUGGCUCACACCACAGAGGGAACGUCGGAUGAGGAUCCACCCCAAAGCAGCGACACGCUGGUGGAUCUGCCUGGUUUGCGCCGAGUACAGCGCCUUCUUUUUAGCUGUCAAACGCGAGCUAUCACGGACAAGCUUACCAGCAGCGUUAUCCAGCUGGCUGACUGGGUGCACUACUUGCAUCCCGAUUGGGAAAAGGUCAUUCACUGUCUGGUCAUCUGCUUUGAUCUAGCCACCAAUACCAACAACAGUGUGGUAGACAUGGACUAUCUGGACAGGGUGCUGCCAAAGUUGUGCCACGCGGCGGCGGCCAUGCCAGUGCCGGCACAGGCGCGUCUGGCCAGGAUCUGGGCGGCCCAUUGUUCAGAUCAGCUGCACUCGUUGGUGGCCGCCUGCCAGCAGCAAAUAACACUGCAGGUACUUUUGGACGAGGAAUCCAUGCGCGAGAACGGUUCCAUAAUUAGCAUCACCAAAGUUUUGAAGAUUGUCUUCUACGCGAACAUUCUGGCCAGCGAGCUGGAGCGACCGUCGUGUCGGGUGCCGCUGGAGGAUCGAACGGAAGCGGCGGCCGCAUCUGGCAGUGGCGUGGUGGAGGACGACCUAUUCGCCUACAACUCUGUGCUGCAGCCGCACAUGCCAAAGUUCGCCGAGGAUCAGUUGGAGAAGGCGCUGCAGGUGUCGGCAAUCGAUUGCCGGAAACCACUGAUACCACUUGAGGAGUUCUACAACGAGGCGCUCAGUGAAAACAUUCAGAUGCACCACGACUACCUGUCCUACAAGACGCUAGCUAUGGAGAGCGAGAUUGGUUCCGGCCACACAAACUACUUUUCGUUCAUGCUGUACGCCUUCAUACUCACGCCGUCAACAAAAGUGGAUGCCUUGUACUAUGAUAGCCGAAUGAGGAUGUACAGCGAGCGCUACACCUCCCUUUACUCAAUCCUCAACAAUUUCGGCCAGGAAGGGCAGGAUGGAACUCCUCGCCCGGAUCUUAAGCUCACGGUGCGCAGGGACCAGCUUAUCAACGACGCGCUUAUUGGGCUGGAAAUGGUGGCCAUGAGCAAUCCGAAGGAUCUCAAGAAGCAGUUGGUGGUGGAGUUUGUCGGCGAGCAGGGGAUCGAUGAAGGCGGCGUAUCCAAAGAGUUCUUCCAGCUAAUCGUGGAGGAGAUAUUCAACCCGGCCUUUGGUAUGUUUAUACAGCAGGAGGAAACCAACAAUAUGUGGUUCAAUGCCACACCCUUCGAGAACGGAGCUCAGUUCACGCUGAUUGGUAUAAUUAUUGGCCUGGCGAUCUACAACAACGUGAUCCUGGCCGUAAACUUCCCCAUGGUGGUCUACCGCAAGUUGAUGGGAUAUUGCGGCACGUUCGCGGACCUCAGCGACUGGAGUCCCGCGCUGUACAAGAGUCUGAAGUCCAUUAUGGACUACCAGGGCCAGGAUAUGGAGGAGGUCUUCGACCAGACCUUUAAGAUCAGCUACAGUGACGUUUUCGGCGAUAUGGUUGAGCACGAACUGGUGCCGAAUGGCAAGGAUGUGCUGGUGGGGCAGCACAACAAGGAGUUGUUCGUUAACCUGUACAGUGACUUCCUGCUCAACACGAAUAUCCAGCAGCAGUUCAAUGCCUUCCGCAAGGGCUUCGAAAUGGUCACGGACGAAUCGCCGCUGAAGCUGCUCUUCCGGCCAGAGGAGAUCGAGAUGCUGGUCUGUGGCAGUCGUGAGUUCGACUUUGUGGAGCUGGAGAAUUCAACGGUGUACGAGGGCGGCUACACGGAGGAGAGCCAGUACAUCCAGGACUUCUGGAGCAUUGUGCACGCAAUGCCCAACGAGGCCAAGCACAAGCUGCUCGAAUUCACGACGGGAUCGGCGCGUGUACCAGUUGGCGGCCUCAAGUGCCUGCGGCUGUUGAUCACGCGUCACGGUCCGGAUAGCGACCGGCUGCCUACCUCGCACACCUGCUUCAAUGUGCUGCUCCUACCCGAGUACAGUAGCCGCGAAAAGCUGGAGGAGCGCCUGAUGAAGGCCAUCAACUACUCAAAGGGCUUCGGUAUGCUGUAGACUGUGGGCCUGACUGUCGUUAGGCGCAAACUGCAAGCUGCAAAGUGCAAGUCCAAGUCUGUCAUCUGGAACUGAUACCACCUCUCUGGGAAGAAGAUUGAGAAUAUUUUGAUCGGUUUGAGUUCGUUUUGGGUUCUGCCAUUUAUUUUUGAUACGACCUGUUCAAUGAGACAAUAUACAUAC